GAGCCUCACUGCUGCAUCAGUUCUAACCCAGUCAUAUAAGAAUUAACUCAGUUUGAGUCAGUCCAUCGUCUAAUUAUCAAUAGCAUGCUUACAAGCUUUUACUGAGUCUAUAUUUAGCUCCCAGUUGCACAGUAGUACAAUAUCAGACACAUAGGGGGAGACAUAGAACUUGUAUUCAUGUUCACUGGCUUCAUUUUUGUGCUUACGUAAGCCACAAACCUUUUUAUGGCCUCUUUUUACCUUGACAGAUUUAGAAUAUCAGAUUCAUAGCACGACUGUAUUUCAAUUGAUGUCAUUUCCAAAAUAAAAUGUCACUGAUUGUUAAAAGUGAGUCCAGUAAAGAUAUGCUCAGUCACUUAAUUGUUGAUGGAGCAGCUCCAGAGGACAAAAUAUCUGACUUCAUUAGGGUCGUUCUCACCUGUGGAAAGAUUUAGACCAGGAAAGGACUUGCCUAAAUCCGUUUCAUGGGAAAUGCAUACAAUAGUGAUUUGAUUUGCUUCUGAAGCAGCAUGUAGCUAUUGAUUCAUAUUUGUUUUAAUAUAAUUUUUCUUUAAUUUGAGUACUGAGAGAUUCCAUUCACCUCUUUUUUGUGUUGGGGUUGGAAGAUAUUCAAAAUCUUUGCAAAUAAAACACAAACUGCAGGGUUAGAUAUGCUUGGGGUAAGAGGGAAACUGUGUAUGUAUGUGUUUGUGCGGUUCUGUUUUGGGUGAACUGACCCUUUAGAUGAGCCCCAGGAUAGCCUAUUUUUAUUAGCAGAAAUCAGUCGUAAACACAUUCAGUGUGAUUUCCUGCUCUUGCUCUAAGAUUAGGCUCAGCAUCAUUGCAUGUGGUUAUACUCACAGAUCAAUUUGUGAAAAAUGUUGAGUCACUCCAUUGGCCUAUUGACAGUAAAACAUUGAGAGAAAAACACACGAGGAGCAUCAAUUUGUGAUUUCCUAGAUAUGCAAGACUUGAUAUUUACCCAUAACUGUUUACAUCUUUCAUAAGCCAAUCAGUUUUUUUUUUAAGUUGGUUGUUUUCCAACGCUGGCUACAACUGACCUCUGUAAAGUGUCCUCAAUGAUCUUGUUACCGUCAUUAAAGCCACUGUGUCUCUCAAUACCUCUAAACAACAUGACUGGCAACAGAAUAUUAGAUUACUCAUAAAUUCUUGUCAGGAACGGUGUGCAGAAAAUUAGGACUGCAUGGUCAAUAAUGAUAACUAUCAGUUUGCAUUUUUGACCCUGGGGGGGAAACAAAAAGUGUUGUGUACUCCAAAUAAUACUGGAAAAGAAAUGACUAAGGUCUUAACAUUUGCACCCACAAAAGUUCAGCUGAUACUUGGGGGAAACUGUCUAAAAUACAGAGGGGUAUUUGUGUAAUGUAGGGGACAUAUUCAAUAUUUGCUGACAUUUGAGUCAAGUGCUCAGCUUGUUACUUUAUUCAGACUAAUUAUGUUGGAUUAGAAUGAUACAUAAAUGAAAAGGCCAUUUUGAAAGUUGUACAUAGCUCAAAGCAAAUUCAUAAAAAUACACAAGUAGAGAAAUAUGCAUGGGAUCUAUUCUUUGUGUGAUAUUAUCAUAAACAAUCUUUUUCUGGUCUUGUGAGAUAAAUUGGAUCCUCGUCUUAUGAAAUCAGGUUUGUCUUGUUUACUUCUUAAGACCCUGAUGCAACUGGUUUCUCCUGACUAAUUUUGGAUUACUUACCCCUUGUGCUUCACACUAAUACUCACAGAAGGUGUCAAUUAAAAGGUACAAUAAGAGAGUACAUCAGUCUAAUGAAAUCCACUAGCCCUGCAAUCAGUGCCGCCAUGGUGAAUCUCUAUUACUGAGGCUGUGAGAAAAGUGCUGAACCAAUUAUGUUGAUAUUUUUAGGCAAUACUUUGCAGUUCUGUUGCAAUGGAUAAAAUUAAAUGUAUUGCCAUGUGAUUGUGUUUACUGUAACAACAUCAUAUUGUAACAUGCUCAUCCACUUUGAUUUAAUUUUUUUGCUAAAAAUAUUUCAAAACAACUCUUGAGGAAACUCCCCUCUCUGCCUUUCAGAGGAUGACCAUUUCUCAGAAUCCCUCUGGCAGAUGGCAGCUCAGUUGUGAAAAUCAAUAACAGGGCUCCACAAUUAAAGCCUUUCCAUUUAUCCAUCCUUCAACUGUGUCUACCGCUCUCUAUACCUACACACUGAAGCUUUUAUCAGACUUAAAACAUAAGCAUCCUCAUGUAUCAAUCUAAUUAUUCUUGAACCCAUUAGUGGAGGAGAACUGAACAGGACUUAUUCCUCCUCUUUUGCCUUUUUUUUAAUAAAAAGAUGCCAUUUCUGAAAUUAUUGUGUAUAUAUAUAUCUUUCCCCUAAAUUUGCAGUAUUGUUGAAAUAUAUGUAGACAUUGUAUGUCACUGGGAUGAACUGCUCAAACAUUAUCACUGCACUCUGUGAUGAGAUGGAAUUUGAUGUUGGAAGAGUAUUAAAUCUUGAUUUCAUGGCAGCUACAGAACAGUAGGCCUCUUUCACAACAGACAUUUUAAUAUGUGAGAGUAGGAGUAUAUAAUCAAAUGAAUGAUGGAUGAAAUUCAUUUAGCAUUACAUUUUCAGGGUCCUAGUAUUGUGCAUCCUGGCUCACUGUCACACUCACUGGGAUACUAUAAUAGUCAUUAAUAUUUUUAAUAUUAUUUUGUAUUAAUAAUUAUAAGUAACACCUGUGCUUUUCCUGCUCUGGUAUAUCCAAAUAUCUGCUGUGAAAAUAACCUGUUUGUGUGUUAAACCAGUAUAAAGAAAAUACACAAUUGUUAAUCGUUGGCACUUUAAAUGUAAUUGUCCAAGAAUAUGACUUUACAUUGGCUAAUAUACACAAACUCAUCAGUGUUAGGCUCUGGGUUGGUGUUCAGCUGAGAGCCAUUAAAAAGCAACUCAGCCCGUCCUUUAAUAUGCUUGCUGAUAAGACAGCUAUUUCCCUUUUAACAAUGCCAGCAUAACUGGUGUUUAAGCUUGUGUUUGUUGUUUCUUUCAUGAAUGUACAUCCUGCCGUUUUAUUUAAGACUCCAGCCUUGUGGUCUGAUGUUGUGCCAGGUGUUUGUCAUUAGCAGAAUGCACACUGAUGAAUGCAGUCAGUGUGGUCCCCGUGAUUCUGUUGAAUGUUUAACUGAGCAACGACACGUGCCGUGGUGUGCAUGCGUGUGUGUCUUAGAGGCAAAUUUAGUUCCUUGUGACUAGUCCAUUAGAGAUCCCUAAAAAGUCAGGAAUCUUUUUAUAGGUUGGAUGCAAAGAAAAUGAGACUCAUCUGACUCAUCAGAGCUCCUGCUGCCCCCGACACACACACACACACACACGCACACAAACGCACACAUGGAAACAGUCCAUUAAAGUCUCAUCCCCAGACACAGGGCAGCAUGUUGAAGAGUCUAAAGCAGUUUUUUUUUUAUUCCUGUUUAUAAACCCUCUGGUGAGCAGUCCUGUGAUCCUACACAAAAAAAUACACCAUGUAAAAUAUUGAUAAUAAUGAAUCACAUCACAAAUAUAUUCAAAUGCACAUUUUUAUUUGUCUAAUAAAAAUAUCCUUGUUGAAAUUAAUUAUUACAAAUGUUAUGUCUUUGUUUACAACCUCAUGACGCCUGAAUCUCACAAAAUGUCAUAUGCCCUCGAAACCACUUACGCCAUAAGUGUCAGAGAAACAAGCUUCUCAAUGGAAAAGAAAAUCAAUUCCAUUUUAAACAGUAGUCAAAAUCUGAGCUGUGUAAAUAAAAAGCAUUGCCUUCAUCCAACCACCUGCUGCCCCAGUUUUUAUUAUCAAAUCUCUCACAAAUAACAGCCAAUUCUACCACAAAGCUGCCCAGUGGAUACUCUUUAUGUUUAUGUAACUGCCUCUUUACUCCUGCCCCAAAUCCUCAAAAAUAGGUUCUAGAAAUUGUCCAGUUUGGUACUAGCUGAAAUGCUUGUUUGGGGGUAAAUUAUCUGCUUAUUAAUUGCUUCUAAAUGCAUUCUUUGCCCUAAAUUUCUCAAUGGGAUUCAAGUCUUAGUUUACAUGAACUGGAGUCUAGAGGACCAACAUUACUUCAGUCGCCUACAUCAUAACAGUUUGUAAAAGAUCAAACAAGUUCAAAGUGUCUUACAGAUUUUAAAGUAAAUGCCUGAGAAAUUCAUCAAACAGAGGGAGAUUGUUCUUCCUAAGGUCAGUGGUCCUGUGAUCUCAGCUAUGCGCGCACGCGCACACACACACACACACACACACACACACACACACACACACACACACACACACACACACACACACACACACACACACAGAUGAAAUUUGAAGCAGAUUACGUGCUUCAAACAAUUACGGUCCAACAUGUUUACAACAGCUCCACAGUAUGUAGAUUUAUUGUCACAACGCAUCAUAUAUUUUGGUAGAUUUCUCAAAAUUACAGGGGGUGACUGUAUUCACUUAGUCAGUCAUUUCUUGAAAUAGCAUGUCUUGAAAAACUGAAGCAAAAAUAAACCUCCAUCUCCUUUCCUGCCUCUGUUUUUCUGUUUUGUUUUUCCCUGUCUCCUCUUUCUCUCUCACUCUCAUCACCUUACUCUCUCUAUCCAUUUAGUCUCUCUCUCUUUCUUUCUCUUCCCUCUUUCUCUGCUUCUGUUUUUCUCUCUCCAUCAAUACAGUCGGCCAAUGACAGUGCCGUGGCUGAGGAAAUGGAUGGUGUGUCUAUUUUUAGAACCAGGGAAGGAGGGCAAACCAAAAGUAAGCUGGGGAGAGAGAAGGAGGGAGGGAGGAGGGAUGUGAGGAGAAGAUAAAUCUGCAUUCUACUGCUGCCUCUGGUCAGAGUCAGUUGGAGCCACUGAGUGCGCUCAAGGAGAAGCAGCAUCCCUGGUUGGAGACACAGCAUCAUAAAUUAAAAACAUAUUCAGCUGCAAAAAGGCUGCAGACUGAUAUUCGAGAUUGGAAGAGCAGAGAAAAGAAGAAAAGACCAGCUGGACUCGACAAAGACAAAGCCAUGCGGCCGCGGUCCAAACUGCUAUCCAAGAGAAGACUCCUGCUGCCCACAAUCAGAGAGGGCACAGAGGAGACGGUGAAGGAUUUGAAUGAGGCCAACACACUUCACAUUGCUGGCCACGACCAGGCUGUCUCCUCAGAGGACUACCUCCUCUCCAUCUGCCACCUAGCCCACCCCACCUUCCCCACCAGGGAGGUUUCCCCCAAUAACAUCAACGCACGGCAGCUGGAUGCUGCUCACCAGAGGCUGCGUCUGUCACGGCUCAGUGGGACGCCAUCAAGCACCUUUGAAUUCACCCCCACAGAGGAGGCACAUGGUAUCGAUAUCGAGGGAGAAGGGAAACAACUGGAUGAUGAGUUCAUGUAUGGCAACUCUGAUCCCCUGGAAUAUCUUUACGGACACCAGAAUGACCUCUCAGGAGGUGUGAGGAGGGCAUUUGUUGAGGGAAGGUUUAUAAGGCAACGUGGGAGCAUUUGGGAGGGUCAGGCUCGCUCCAGAGCUCAGAGCAUCCCCCGUGCUUUAAGUCCUGACCUCCCAUGCCAACGCAAGAGCAGUUGCCCCGACUUACACACCAGCACAAACACUCCUAUUCCAAACACCUCCCCUAAACACUGCUUGUCCAGGUUGGAGGCCAGGACAGGGAGCCCGGCAGACAGAGAGGCAGAGGGGGUGAGACAGAAUCCAACCGUCAAACCAUCCCUCAUCUCUCAGUGGAUCUCUGACUGCAGGUUAGCGUGGAGGGAGGCACAUGUGCGAGCCUGCAUGCUGCCUGCCAUUGCUGAGAUACAGGGCGCAAAUGGACAGACAUUGUAAUAGAAUGAUAUCCCUAAGUAAAGUAUCCCAAUCUUGUCAGUGCAUGACACAUUGACGUUAGGAGAUAUGUAGCUGUGUAUUAUGCAUAUAUAUAUUUAUAUAUAUAUAAAGGAUAUGAUUAAAUACACAUUGAAUCAUACAGAGGCAAAUAAAUAUUGCCACGAUUGUCCAUCUGUAAUGUUAUAUCAAUACUAUCUAUGCUUGAUGUAUGCUGGUGAUCAUACAAUAUCAUGAAAACAGACAAAUCUGCAAAAUCUUUUUUUACCUUCCAGUGUUUUGUGAACUAAGUCUGAAUCAAUUAAACAUUUUUUUGAUACUCUCAAUAAAA